AUGAUAACAAUACUAAGUGGAUUUUGCUUUUUUUACAAUGCUUAUUUAAUAUUUUAAUGGGAUUAUAAAAUCACCAUAAUCUACUGCUGUGUAUCCUCUUUCACUAUAAUGGUUCAUAGAUUACUUAAAAGUCGAAGUCUUUCCCAAUAUUGUUGUUUUAAUAUUUUUGAAAGUUUACUACUUAUAUCGUAUUUACUCUCCAUAGUCUAUUACAUAGAGAUUGAGAAGGUGAAUAUAAAUUUCAUUUCUUAUGCUCAAUUAGUCUUAUAGUUCUUGAUUCUAGCAAUCACAGUUCUUAUUAAUAAAAGUACAUCUGAGACGGAGAGUCAAGAUCAAUCACUUUAGAUAUAGGAGAUUCUAAUCUCUGCAUUUAAAAGUAUUAGUGCUCUUCAACUCGUGUUCAUUAGUCUUAGAAUUACUGAGCAAAUUACAUGGGGGUGGAUUUAAACUUUAAUAAUAAUAUGGUUUCUAUUGGGGCUGUCAUUUGUGAUUUUCAUUUGUUUGCUUGUUGAUAUUCUGUAGAAAUGCAGAAAUUAAUAAGAUGGGAUUGAAGAGGAGAAAAAAAGAGUUAUUAGUAAGAAUCCAUUAUACUAUUUAGUUUAAGGGGGAAUUUGGUUAAAUUUGAUUUUAUUUGGAAUCACAAUAUUACCAUUUUCAACAAUUUUUGGUUUAGCCUUAAGUUAUGACUUUAAAUUUAAAUCAUUAAAUUAGUACGCCUUUGGAUUGACAAUCUUUUAUUAUCUACUAUAAUUGGCCUAUUAUUUUAAGUUCAAAUAAAAGCUGAUUGACUAUCUUCUAUACUAUGACAUUGCACAAAGUAAUUUGUAUGUUGACUAGUAAUUGCAAUAAGUCAAUCAAAAUAAUCAACAAAUAGAAAACAGAAUCGAACUUAAAAUGAAAAGAAUGCACAAGUUGAGCAUAUCAAAGGUGCCUUAAUUCAUGGUUAAAUUAUCAUAAACUUAUUAUAAAUGUGCACUUAAUGCUGAUUCACAAUGCAUGUCAUCUAAAAUUCAAUAAAAUCAAUUGAACUAAAAGAAUCAAUUCUAAGAGAAUGAGAACGACAAUGAAUAAUCUAAAAGAUUUGAUUUAUUGUUGUCUAGUCCUAGACAAAGGUUGGAGAUCAGUUCUAGUAUAGGAUAAGAUCUGACAAGUCGAAAUAUUGAUAAAAAGCAAUUAGAAGAUUAAUCUACUAUUAAAUAAGAGCAGCAGAAUCAGAAUUCUCAGAAACUAUGUUUAGUUUGUUAUGAAAAGGAAAGCAAUAUGAUUAAUAUGCCAUGUGGUCAUGGUGGGUUUUGCAACGAAUGUUGUGAGUAACUGUUGAGCAAAAGUGAGCUUUGUUACUUAUGUAGAAAGCCCGUUACACAUAGUUUACAAAUACAAGAAGUUUAGAAUAGAGAGAGUUUAGUAGAAGUAGUUGAAGUUUUAGAAUAACAAAAUAAAUGA